UCAAAAAAUCGGUUAACGAAACAUAGAGUUAGUUCUGGAAAAAAAGAAAAAUAACAGUAAAAAUUACUUUCUAGCACGCGAAAAUGAAGAAGAGGAAGAAGAAGAAGAAGAAGAAGAAGAGGAAGAGGAAGAAAAAGAAGACAAUGACAUUUACGACUACGAGGACGCCGGUGAUAUCAUCGAUGAGGCGAACGAACAUGUUGCCAAUGAUACCGGCGACGAGGAAAUCGAUGAUAUAGUUGACGAAAUUCAGGAGACACAGGACGUGACGCAGGAAGUCGAAGAAGAGGAGGGCGAUAAUUACGUCGAAGUUUCCUACUCACCGGUUUUACCGCAGUCGCAGGAAUAUUAGAGAGACUUCUCGAGCGACAAAAUAUCCCCGGCUCACGAUCAUAUGAAGCAGCUAAAGUACAAAUUGAUGCUGUCCAGUCUUUAGACGCUCUCCCUUCGCCUUCACAAAGGGGAGAUCGGCAACUAGUGUCACCGCCGCGGUCCCGUCAGUCGACACCGGCACCGACGAUGACACCAUCGCCGACGCCGUCGCCGUCGCCGACACCACCGACACCACCGACACCUCGUCAGGCUCAAAAUGAAGAUCAGGAGCAGGAGCAUCAGCAACAAGAGCAACGACGUCGGCAGCACGAGGUCGAUAAUUUUAAUUAUAUAGAUUUACGGGCGGAAAACUCGCAGCAAUUUAGGAAUCUCGCGAUUCUAUGGAGAGAGGCGACUUUCGCGAUACGGCCGCCACCUGAAGGUAGCGAUAUCGCUCAAUGGCUAGAAAACGCGUUUCGUGAAAUCUGAACGUAUGUGGUACAUUCGAGCGAUUACGUCGGGUUAUCGUUUGAGUAGGCUGAUCUAGCGCGUGGCCCAGCGGGAUUGUCGUUUCGUCCAGCACGCGACCUAACCCACGAAGACAUAUGGGGGCUCGUGAGUUCGUUGGCGCAAAGUGCUGGAGGAAUCGAUAUCGCGGAAAAUUUCACGGUACGCGUUUUCAGAAUUUCGUUACCUACCGGUCGCGGACGUCAGUCCAAUCGAUUAACGCGCGAAGACGUAGCCAAACCCUCAAUUUUACAAAUUGCCAAU